AGUACGUGUCUUUCUCACAAUUCACAGGCUGUUGCACAUUUGUUCUUUUCAAGACCCAAAUUCAGCAAUUGUUUACUUCUCGACGAAUUCUACACCUGGCACACACGAGCUUCCUUGUCGAGUUUAAAUUUGUCAAUCAAAACUCUUUCUUAUCAUGGUCUGUGUAUGAUGUGCAGGGGAACAGUACAGAGGAUCGUUCGUCACCGAGGGAGAGAGAAGUAGGUAACCAUGGACACCGGCGGUCAUCGUCGUCGGGGUCAGCAACGAAACAGAAGCCACAGGCACGAUGAACUCGAUCGGGAAAGUGCUCAGGAUUAUGAACAAGGGAAUAGACAGUUGAAUGGACGAGGGCGUGGACGAGGACGUGGCCGGGGGCGUGGUCGAGGAAACACCCAAAAGCUUGGCCAAGAACGUCACGAACAGAGGGGACAAGGGCUUGGAGCAUAUGAUGAUGAACAGGGGCGUGCGAACGGGCGUGGUGAGAUGCUUGAAGAAGGACGUGGACGUGGUCGACAACGAGAAAGGCGAGGACAACGAAAUCAGGAGCAUGGACAUGGAAGAUUCCAGGAGCGUGGACAAGGCCAUUAUCAAGAGCAACAUGACCAAGAGCGCAACGGAAGAUGGAACCAUGCCCGCAGUCAAGGAAACGCUGAUAACAGAACAGGUCGACGCGACAGCAGGCAGAUCAAGCAUUCUGCGAAGCAACCGGGCUACAAAAAACUCGAAUCAUUAAUGUCACAAGAGAAAAGCCCUGCCGAUGUGGUGCAUGAGUUGAGCUCUUUUAGCGAAGGGCUGGAGAAUUUGCUGAUUGAACGCAACAUCCGACGAGACAUGAUAGCUCUUCUCAUACGAGUCCUGGCCAAAACCUGUCACUGCACCAGCCCUGCUUAUUCUUUGAGUAGAGUUUUGAAUGUAGUCGUUGGCAGUGGCUUUCUCAUUCAUCUGGGGCGGCACAUAAAUGAUAUGAUGAGAGAGGAGGACCACGAAUACCUGAAGGAGACCUCAGAUGAGAUCUCUUGCAUUCUAAAGCUCAUGAAAAGUGUAAUACAGACUAUCAGUAGCAGCAAGAAGGAUGUUGGACUUGUUCUUAUGGCUGUUCAUUAUGUUUCUAGUCCAGUGGGUUUAGAGACCAAGGGAUACCCUGUUACAGAGGAGGUCAGGAUCUCACUGGGACAGCUCCUGUCAUGUUGCAAUGAGCCAAAAGAGAACAAGGCCAAGAGGAUCCCCCAGGUGAAGGGCCACGGAAAUUCUGAGGGGCCUCCACCAAAUGACUACAGAUACACACCCAUCUUUCCAGAGGUUGAGGAAAUAACCACCCACAUGGAACCAUAUUUGAGAUCCAAUGUGGUUCAGGGAGAAUACCAGGACCUUGACCAUUACUUAGAUGUUCACUUUCGCCUUCUGAGACAGGACUUCCUGGAACCUUUGAAUAAAGGAAUUACGCUGUACCUUGAAACUUUACAGGAGGAAGAAUCAAAGAAGGGUCAGAAAGAAAGCAACGACAAAGAGAAGAAAAAAGAUAAGCCCAAAAUGACUGAUAUCUACAUUUAUCACGACGUAAGGGUUCUGUUUCCCAUCUGCUCAAACGAUGGAAUGACUCACCGUCUCAGCUUUGACAUCUCUAAGCUAAAGAAGGUGAGAUGGCAAGCCACCAAAAGACUUAUAUUCGGAUCACUAGUUUGCUUGUCUAAAGAUAACUUCAGAUCAGUCUUCUUUGCAACUGUUGCGAACCGGCAACCGCAAGACCUGAAGAAUGGAUUAGUUGACGUGCGGUUUCAAGGCAUGGAUCUCGUUUCAGAGAUAGAUUCCUCGGAUUCUUUUGUUAUGGCCGAGUCUUCUGCCUACUUUGAAGCCUAUUGCCAUGUCUUAAAGGGCCUCCAGGAGACAACAGAAACCACUUUACCGCUGCAGCGCUACAUCGUCGAAGUCUCAAAAGAAGUCUUACCCCCAUCGUACCUCAAGGACGACAGAGAUGCGACGUACAAUUUGUCGUAUUGGGCUAAUCCUGAUACUGAUCAUGAUGAUUAUGGUACUGGUGAGUAUCCCAGGAAAGGUCAAAGCAGCCAUGUCAAAGAGGUAAAGAUUUUGAAACGGACUUCUUGGCCAGAAGCCAAAACUCUGCACUUGGACAAGUCUCAGCUAAGAGCCGUUCAAGCAGCCUUGACCCAAGAGGUAGCCAUCAUACAGGGACCGCCUGGGACCGGCAAAACCUACAUAGGUCUCAAGAUCGUUCAGGCUCUCCUACACAACAGUGCAGUGUGGAACGGAGGUGGAGAAUCUAACCCCAUCCUUGUGGUCUGUUACACCAACCAUGCCCUUGAUCAGUUCCUUGAGGGGAUCAUGGAGUUUAAUCAGAAUAUUGUCCGUGUUGGAGGUAGGAGUAAGAGUGAAGAUAUGAAGACUAAAAAUCUGAACCUCUUGAGAAACGAAUAUAGGCGUGGUAAGAAAGUUCAAAGAGCAGUUCACCUUCGCAUUAACAACAUCUUUACGGAAAUGCAGUCCUCGCGCCGAGUGAUGGAGUUGUCGCAGAAGAAAAUAGAAAAGACUUUCACAGGUAUCAUCAGUGAAGAUUAUCUGCAGCCUUUCAUGAGCAAGAGACAAUACACAAGUCUUACGGCUUAUUCUAAGGGGUCAGACUUUAGAGGACCUACAUCUUGUAUACUAGAUUGGUUAGGUCUGUCAACCACGGGACAGAGCAUUGGGAUCAGUUUUCAGAAUGAUGUUGGAGACAGCGAAGACGAAGAACAAGACGAUGACGAUGAUGUCGAGGUGGACGAAGAAGCAGCACUGAUAUCUGAGCAACGCAUCCUGGACGACGAAGAAGAAGAAGAUAUGAUCUCUUCUGAUGGAGAAGGCUCGGAGAAGAGUCACAUAGUCUUAGACGUAGAACACCCUGGCUUAGAUAUUUCUGUUGGUGAAGGCUGGCAGGUUCAAGCAGGAAGCAAAAAGAAGAUGAAGACCAAGCUUCUUCGUAAGCUGAGAAAAACUGACAGGAUGUCCGAAAAGGAAGCAGAUAGGAUUGAAGAUGUGUGGACGAUAGGGAACAUCGACAGCCGUUGGCAACUAUAUCGUUACUGGGCCAGUGAGUACUGUAACGAUGAGCACCGGAGAAUGGAGGCUGUGCUUCACGAGUUCGACGAUCUGACACAGGAACUGAAGGAAGUUCGUGUAGAGGAAGACUUGUCUAUUCUCCGUCAUGCCAGUGUGAUAGGUAUGACAACAACUGGUGCUGCAAAACAUCGGAAUGUAUUGCAACGAUUGGGCCCCAAAAUCGUAAUUGUAGAGGAAGCAGCAGAGGUUCUAGAAUCUCACAUCAUUACCACUUUGAGCGCCGAAUGCCAGCAUCUCAUCCUAAUUGGCGAUCAUCAACAACUCAGGCCAAAACCCACUGUCUAUCGUCUUGAAAAAGACUUCAACUUUGGCAUCUCUCUCUUCGAGCGGUUGAUAAAGAAUGAUUUGCCGUUCCAGACCUUGGUACAACAGCAUCGAAUGCGUCCUGAGAUCUCAACAAUCAUGAAGAGUCGCUUCUUUUAUCCAGACCUGAAGGAUCACACCAGUGUGAGGAAUUAUCCUCACGUUACAGGAAUCCGUUCAGACGUCUUCUUCUUGAACCAUGAUUUCCCAGAGAAUGCUGUUGAUGACUCCACGAGCAAGUCCAAUCUCCACGAAGCAGAGGUCUUGGUUGGUUUGUGCAAAUACCUGUUACAGCAAGGACAAUAUCAGGCGUCUCAGAUCACUAUUCUAACUGCCUAUGUCGGUCAGCUUUUCAACUUCAAAGAGCUCAUGAAGAAGUCAGUCUUUUUCAAAGACGUUCGUGUCUGUUCGGUUGACAACUACCAAGGAGAGGAAAAUGACAUUAUAUUGCUCUCCUUAGUUCGUAGCAAUUCUAAAGGGAAGAUUGGAUUCUUGAAGGAACCUAAUCGAGCGUGUGUAGCUUUAUCCAGGGCACGGCACGGCUUCUAUUGCGUCGGAAAUUUUAAUUGUCUAAAAUCCAAAAGUCCCCUAUGGAAAGAAAUUGUGGACCAGAUGGAGAGAAACGGGCUGUAUGGAGAGGAAUUACAGCUGGUUUGUCAUAACCACCCCAAAACAGUUACACUAGUCAGUAACAAAAGUGAUUUCCUCAAGUGUCCCGAUGGUGGGUGUAGCAAAGCUUGCGAGUAUCGCCUCAAAUGCGGCCAUAGUUGUACUUUAAGGUGUCACCCUGAUGAUCCAGAGCACAAGGUGUUCAAAUGUCUCAAAGCUUGCGAUAAGGUUUUAAAAUGUGGUCAUCUGUGCAGUCUACUGUGCUUCAAACCUUGCGGUAAAUGCACCAGGAGGGUCUAUAAGACAUUGCCUUGUGGGCAUCGUAAUCAACUUUUUUGCUACCAAAAGCCUGAAUCAGCAGUUUGUCAGAUGCCUUGUGCGAAACAGUUGACUUGUGGACACCAGUGCAGGCGAAAAUGUGGCGAGGAUCCGUGUACAGAAGUCUGUCACGAGAGAAUCUUGAGUAGUGACUGGCCUUGUGGGCAUGCUGUGCAGGUGAAGUGCAGCGACGGUCCAGAGAAAUGUACUAAGGAGUGUAGAGUGGUUCUGGAAUGUUCUCAUCCUUGUCAAGGUUCGUGUGGGGCUUGUAAGAGAGGCCGACUACACGUGCAGUGCAAACAGAAAUGCGACCGUACGCUAGUUUGUGGUCAUCAGUGCACUGCGUUGUGUACAAGGGAAUGUCCUCCCUGCGCUCAGGAGUGUCAGAAUCGAUGCGUGCACAGCAAGUGUCCUAACCGAUGUGGAGAUCCGUGUACACCCUGUCAGGAGCCAUGCCUGUGGCGCUGUCCACAUUACAGGUGCAGAAAGACAUGCAGUGAGGCAUGUGACCGGCCGCCGUGUGACAGACCUUGUCCUGCUAGGCUUAGGUGUGGUCAUCCAUGUAUCGGUUUGUGUGGAGAGCCAUGUCCUGACAAAUGCCGCGUGUGUCACAGAGAUGAGGUGACAGAGAUAUUUUUUGGAUCUGAAGACGAGAAAGAUGCUCGAUUUGUUCAGCUGGAGGACUGUGGUCACAUGUUUGAGGUCGACGGUCUUGACCAGUGGAUGCAAGUUACAAACGAAGGUCAGAAGUCCAUUCAGUUGAAGGUAUGUCCAAGAUGUAAGACACCCAUCCGACGGAAUCUCCGCUACGGGAACAUAAUCAAGGAAGCUCUCGGGGACAUUGAAAAAGUCAAGGCGCGUAUCUUUGGAGAAAAAACACAAAUCGAAGACAAAAAAGAGCAAAUAACUCGAAAGCUUUCCUUGCUCAAAGAUGUAGAUUCUGUCAAAAAACACAUACAGUCUCCGCGAGUUAGCUUGGCAGACCUACUUAUGCUAGAGAACAAAGUGAAUCUGUUAGUAGCUAUCAGAAAGGCUAAGAAGAGAGUGGAUGGAAGUGACAUCCCUGAAUUCCAGAAACAGAUGCGACAAGUUAGAAGAGAUCUCUCGAAGCUAAAGCAGUGGUUGUUGAUGCCUCGAGAGUAUUUAAGCCACCAAGAACUUGACGACGGCAGUUCGGAAUUACAGCGUCUCGAUAUGUGCUCAGAGCUGUAUCACAUCAAAAGCAAGGUUCGAAGUAAGACAGACUUGAAGGAAGUGGAAGACUUGGUUCUUAGCGGAAAACCGCUCAGAGGAAAGGCGGUGGAGAGAGCGAAGAUGCUGCUGAAACGACUCAAACGUCAGAGUGGAGGAACGACUCUUGGGAUAUCAGAGACUGAAAGGGUGAUGAUUGUAAAAGCUGUUGGGCUAACGCAGGGACACUGGUUUAAAUGCCCGAAUGGCCAUUGCUACGUCAUUGGAGAGUGUGGGGGCGCUACUGAAGAGGGUACAUGUCCUGAGUGCAAAGCGAAGAUAGGGGGCGGGAGUCACCGCCUCCGGGGUGAUAAUAAACUGGCAAGUGAGAUGGACGGGGCUCGAGUUGCAGCAUGGUCGGAUGUCGCUAACAUGGCCAACUUCGACCUGAGAGAACUGCAAGACUAAUGGAAAAGUAACGUUCUGACAGUUUUGAAGAGCUGCCGCCCAACAGGACGAUCCCCUGCCUGAGUGGUUGAUCAGGGUCCUUUCCAAAAUCUGGAGAACCUUGGCAUUUUGUAAUAUGUAAUUACAGCUUUCUCUUUUUGAGAAAUGUGUUUAACUUGUCUGUUUUUAUUUGACUUCGUUGGAUUCUUGUUAUAUGCGCAUAUGUAUGAAGGUCAAAUUUAAUAUGUAUUUAGUCCUACUGUUGAGUUGUGACAAUAAGGAAAUUAAUUUACUUCACAAUCUUGAUUAUGAAUUUAAGCAGUUAAAAUAAAUCAAAUAUGAGAGUAAACUAAUUUUGUUCAGUGGAGAAUGCAGACUUGUUACUAACAGUGCUUUAGAGAAUCAAUCUAUGCAAAGCACCUAAAGUUGGUUAUCCAGUAAAAUGAUUGUUACAAAGCCAGUUUAUAAUAUGAUUCAAUUUAUAUUUUGUACCCAGUUUUUGAGCUGAAAAACAAAAAUAUGUGAUUCCGUACAAAAACAAUUUGAGAAGACAGCAAAAAGCAAACCAAACUAACUCUCUUUACCCACUCGAAACUGCUCACUAUGUUUGACACUAUGUCUGCACCUUGGUUCCUGCUCAUAUAUGUUUGUCUGAUGUUUACCACGUUGAUUCUAUUGCAAAAUACAAAAUGGCGUCUUUUCAUACAUGUCAUUAAUAUAUAACGCCCCAGCCGUUUAGGCAUAUUUUGCAGGUCUGCGUUUUGGUCAUGUUUAUUCAAUUAAUUUUUUUUUCUUAUUGAAUUUGUAGCACGUUAUAAACUCAUUUAUGCAUCAGUCAAAUCUGUGUUACUUACAAUAGACUAUACAUGUACUAGAGGUUAUUACUAUCUACUGUAUGACAGUUUUAUCUUUCUAACAAUUGACAUUGUGUAUUAACGAUGACGUACUUAUCCAUUUAAGACUCCAUCCGGAGUGGUAGCGACUUUGAUUCGCAAAGGUAGGUAAGAUUAGAAUCCAUAUUUCAUAAUGAUGAAGAAGACCUUGAUUAAGAAAGGGAGCAGUGAGAUAACAGAAAUUCGUGUGCACGAUGCACGUGCUGAUUUACUGAACCAGUGUUUCUGGUCUCACGGUUAGUUUUUCUAGAAAUUUUUGGUCUGUUAUUUCCCUGUUAUAAUGGUUUAAAGCAGGAAAAUAGACACAACACGUUCUUAGAACAAAUCCUAUGAAUUCGAUAUUCUAUGUAGUAAUUAAUUUUGUCGAUAAUUCUACCAAAAAUUACGUCUUGAUUUUGCAUUAGUGUCAAAUGCGGAGAAUGCGAAGCAAGCAAAUUGAAUUCCAGAGUGAAACUUUAAAGAAAACUUUGUGUAUGCGUGCUUAUCCAUGAAAAGUAACUGUUGUAUUGACUUGGCUUCUUUAUUUCUGCAGAUACUAGAUUUUAAAUUUAAAAAUAAUUAUUAGGACCACACGUGCGUUUUAUGUAUCAUGCAUAAUUUGGUCGCCAGAUUAACAAAAUCAAAUGUUCUUCUCUUGUAAUGGUCACCAGAACGAGUUGAUUCCUCAGCUCUCAUCACAAUGUAAGACGAGGGAAAGAGCUAUUAUCUUAAAUCAUGCAGCCGUUAAGAGAUUGAUCAAACUUUAUAUGGUGAUUACCACAAUGUAUCAAUUUUCAGAAAUCGAAUUUGAACUUUUCUGAUACACAUAGACUUAUAUACCAUCAUUGUUAGUGAUUGCACUGUGUGUUUGGUACACUUUCACUUAUGUCGGUGGCUGAAGUAAGUUCAGCUAUCACAUAUUAUGUUUGUUGGGAUUUAUAAAGGCUUCAUUUUCCUAAGAAGUGGAUACAGGAAACACUAGGCCUACAUUUACAAAUGUAUUAGUUCGCAUAAUUUUAAUUAGUAUUAAAAACUCAUCUAUAGAAUAUUAAAAAUAUUAUCUUUUAGUAUUCAUAUCUUAACAUUUUAUAAACAUUUAUGUAAAAUGAUUGAUUUUUUUAUUUAGACCAAAGUAUUAUUGUUCAUUCAAUAUACCCCGGAGGAAGACGACUUUUCCUAGUCCUCCCUGAUACCAGACCAUAUAAGUGGACAUCACGCUCGCUCCCUGCAUUCGCCAGAAGAAAUUCACAUUUUUCAACUGACUUUUAAAAGAAUUGUGAGGGAAAAGACAGUAUAGGAGAAAUAUGACUGCAAAUUCUUUGAUAUUCUGAAAUGUGAUUUGUUGGAAAUCACGAAAACAGUGAAUGGAAAAUAUAUCUGCUAGAUGUAAACUUGAGCGGCUUUUUGUAGUCUUAAAAUUCAUUUUGAAGGGAGAUCUAUUAAACCGCAUAUUUUAGUCAAUUGAGCAGUCGAAUAAAUUUUAGCUGUCAGUGAAGAA